AUGACCAGAAGCUUUCGAUACCCUGCACUAUAUUUGUUAAUUAUAUUAGCUUUUGUUCUCCUCCUCCUGAUAUUUGCACCUUUACUGACCAAAAACAAUCUCAUCAGCAUUCCGUUCCUUUCCUUUCUCACUAGUACACCUUUCAUCAAUCCAGAUCACUUCAACUACACAAUAACCCCACCGCAAGUUUGUUUAGAUGAGUUCCUCACAGGCUCCAGGCAUCCAAUUCGAAGGAGUAGGCACGACGUUAAUGGUACCAAAGCCAAAAAUAAGACUAGUUUGGAGAGACUUGAAGAAGGUUUAGCUAAAGCUAGAGCAUCAAUACUCGAUGCGAUUCGGUUUAAAAACUAUACCUCAGAGAGAGAAGAGACUUUUAUCCCAAGAGGAAGCAUUUACAAAAAUCCUUAUGCGUUUCACCAGAGCCACAUAGAGAUGAUCAAGAGGUUCAAGAUUUGGAGCUACAAGGAAGGAGAACGUCCAUUAGUGCAUUUGGGUCCGAUGUAUAAGAGGAAAUAUGAUAUGGAAGGUUAUUUCAUAGAUGAAAUAGAGAGGGAGGAGAUCCCAUUUAGGGCUAAACAUCCUGAUGAGGCACACAUGUUCUUCCUCCCUUUUAGUGUUGCCUUCAUCGUUGAUUAUGUGUACGAGCCUAUCAUAACUAGAGAGGAAUACCACCCUAAUCGCCUACAACAGAUUGUCAUGGACUACGUAACCGUCGUGGCACAUAAGUACCCGUACUGGAAUAGAACCAAUGGUGCUGACCAUUUUAUGGUUUCAUGUCAUGACUGGGGACGGAAAAUUUCAGUAGGUCACUCGGAGCUUUACAAGAACUUUGUUAGAGUACUUUGCAAUGCCAACACCUCAGAAGGGUUUGAACCUAGAAGAGAUGUUUCACUACCUCAAGUUUUUUUACAAUCUGGAGAGCCUGGCCCGUCCAAUCUGGCUCAUCAAUCCCCACGCAGUCGCCGGACUCUGGCAUUCUAUGCCGGUGGUGCUCAUGGACUGAUACGAGCUAUCUUGCUCCAUCAUUGGAAGGGCAAAGAUAACAAAGUUCAAGUCUACGAGACUGUUCCCGAAAGCAUGAACUACACCGCACUAAUGGAACAUAGCAAGUUUUGCUUGUGCCCUAGUGGUACUGAAGUGGCAACCCCAAGAGUUGUGGAGGCAAUUUACGCAGGGUGUGUUCCGGUGAUAAUAUCUGACAACUACACACUACCCUUAAGCGAUGUCCUCAAUUGGAGCCAAUUUUCGGUUAACAUUGCCGUUGCGAAAAUACCAGAAAUCAAGACCAUCUUACAAGCGAUUCCAUAUAAGGAGUACCUAAAGAUGCAGAGAAGGGUUUUGAAAGUACAGAGGCAUUUUGUACUCAACAAGCCGGCUAAGCCUUUUGAUGUGAUUCACAUGAUACUUCACUCAGUGUGGCUGAGACGAAUUAACAUUAAGCUACUUGACCGAGAUGAACACAUUAAUUCACGCGUGUAA